UGGUCUCCUUAAAUUCCCACGCAGAUUGGAAAUUGAGCAGGGAAUUUCUGGGCUGGCCCUCUUACAAGUAGUCAACAGCUGCUGAUGACUUCCACCUCCCUUGAAGACGUACCCUGAGGAGUCCUCAAAGACCGUCGCGAUUCGGAUGACCCUAGUCAAUGUUUCACGUCGAAGUAACACAUGGGCCCAAAUGUCAAGUUGUCUUGCCAUGUACCAGAAAUGGCGAAAGCGAUGCCGGGCUGCAAGAUAGGCAUUGGUAAAUGAACGAGAUCGUUGGGCAUGUCCAUUCCGAAGCCCAAAGCCGCAUACCUUGGGAAAGGGUCAUUAGAGAGCCAUGCUUUAGCUUCGUCGCUUGAUGCAUGUUACGGGAAGGCGUCACUGCCCCACACAGUCUGAAGACUACUGUCGGUACACAGUUGCUGGCACUCAUGCUCUUGGGUGUUGCCGCAGAUGAGUCUGAGUAUCGCGCAGUGAAGCACGGCUGCUCAACGGCGCCGCGUAGAGAGACCAAUACCGACUGGCAAUGUUCGACGUGUUGCAAAGGCACUCAUCACACAGUCUUGACGUGGAAGGGGCCGCAGCAGUGCACUCGUGCCCGCGUCUUCCUGGUGGCCGCGUCCACGAUGAGAUCCUGCGGACAAGCUGAAGAAUCUGGCGCUGGACAAUGUGUGUCGAGCCGAAGUCGGGGCAGAUCCUGCGAGGCCAGUGAUGUCGUCUUAGGCGUGCCCUCUACUGUACUGGACUGGACUCUGCAUUGCUGGGUGGGUUGGCAGGCGCAAUGGACCCCUGGUGAGUUGGGUGAGACAGCUGAGCUUCGGCUCGUCAGACAACCUUAGCACUGGUUGAAACAUCACCAACACGAAGCGCUGUACUCUCCGAACUCUGCCUGCCUAUUCUCUGGCGGCCUCGCUGCCACGCCGCCCUCCGGGUCAAGUGAGCAGCCAUGCAUGCACCGUCC